GGUUAAAGAAUAGUUUAGAGCAUAUGACAGUGGAGACUUUGAGAGUGCUGUGUCAGGCUGAAGGUUUGUUGGAGGUUGGAACAAAAAAGGAGUUGGUUGAAAGGUUAGUAGGGAGAGUGGUUAGUAAGGCAAAAGAAAAAGGGAGAGGGGAAGACAGUAGUCAGGAUAGGGAUAUGUGGCAUGAUAGGAUGAGUCUGGUGUCAGAUGACGUAGUUCAUGAUAAGUUUGAAAAUAGAUCAGAAAAUGAGAAUAAUGCUGAAGUUCAAAAUGGCUCUUUGCCUGAUUCACAUUAUAUUGCCCUGGAAAAAUCAUUGGAAAAAACUGUACAGGCGACAUUAGAAAAGGCUUUGGAGGAGUUUAAAAGGAGUGUACAAUCGGUUUAUUCAGUUGAUGAGGAUAGAUAUUGGCCAAAAGAAAAAAUAAAUAAGUCGAGAGAUCAAUUCGAAUAUGAUGAAUGGUGCAAGCUUGGAAGAUAUCUAGAUAGUUCCUUGAUAGGUAAAGAGUGGGAUUUCGUAAUUAAGGUGCGAGAUGUGGCAGCUACUAGGGCCUUCAUGUUGAGGGUAGCAAAUAAGGAAGGGUGGGAUGUCGCUGCAGGUAUUAAAGACCCAGCAAGUGAAGAUCCUAUGGAAGUUUAUUUUCAUGAGAAGUUGGCCAAUGCAAGACAGUCAGUUAGAAAUAAGCAGCCAAGAUUAGAAAAUAAGACUUUUUCUUCAGGACCUACUCUUACGGCACUGCCAGGAGGUUUUGGAAAUCCAAUUCCAAACCAGACUUUACUGUGGGCUCAACAACCGGUUCAGCAAUUUCAGCAUCUUCAGCAACCUUUUCAAGUAGGUUUAGGUUCAGGUGCAGGGCCAGUGUAUAAUAAUAUGACUUCUGCCCAGGUCUCCUAUCAACAUCAAUAUAAUGACCAGGGUAACUAUUGGGGCCAGUCAGGAUCCUUUUCAGAUAAUCAUAGACAAUAUGUAUCAGAUAAGGGUCAAAGGCGAAACAGAACAAGUGUGGUUCUGAAAAUGAAAAGAGUUGACCACACUCGCUUGGAAGUUGUUGGCAGCCAAAAUAAAAUGGUAGAAAGAUUAGUUAAACGAGCUGAUGAGUUAGCGAAAUUGGCAAUAAAUAAAGAGUAUAGAAAUAGAUUACUUACGACACAAAGAUGGCUGGAAUUGAUGGGUAGGUUGGCACUAAUUCAGGAUUGUCUUGAAGCAAUAAUGAGGAUGCAUAAAGAGAAUGAUAUAACGAAUCCAAUAGAGAGUUUUAAGAUAAAAGAUGUGAUAAAAGGAAUUAAGUUACUAAAGGCACAAGAUCGAGAU